AUGGUUGUCGACAAAACCUCGUCUCUCGCCUCGAGCAAUGGCACUCUUGGGGCCGACGCGGUCCAGUCUCGUAAGCGCGUCGCUGAGGCCAUUGCCGAACAAGAAUGGCCCAAGAAGCCCCGCGUCGACGCAAAGACCGAUCGCACGAGAUGGCGCAUGAAAGAUGAGGAUGGACGGCACACCUGGCAGUACUUGGACCACGAUGAUGAGGCUGCGAAGAAUUGGCCCCAGACCUAUGCCGACAAGUACUACUUGGGUCUUCCCCUGGACCUUCCAAUCCUCCCCGAACCCGAGAGCCCUCUCGACGCCUCCCGCAAUGGUCUGGAAUUCAUGGAGAAGCUACAACUGCCCUACGGCGACUGGGGAUGCGAGUAUGGCGGACCCAUGUUCCUUCUGCCCAGCGCCGUCAUCGCCUGGUAUGUCACCAAGACGCCCAUCUCGUCUGCCUUCGCGACCGAGAUCAAGAACUACCUUUUCGCGCGGGCCCACCCCGAGCUGGGCGGCUGGGGCCUCCACACCGAAGGUACUAGCACCGUGUUUGGCACCUCUCUGAACUACACGACCCUGCGACUUGUCGGCGUCGAUGCGGACGAGCCCAUCAUGGUCAAGGCCAGAGCGAGACUACACGAACUUGGGGGCGCCACCCAGGGACCCCAUUGGGCCAAAUGGUGGCUCGCCGUCUUGGGCAUCGUGGACUGGGACAUUGUCAACCCGGUCCCCCCAGAAAUCUGGCUGCUGCCCAAAUGGGUGCCCAUUCAUCCAGAGCGAUGGUGGGUUCACAUCCGCCAAGUCUUCUUGCCCAUGUCCUAUGUCUAUUCGAGGCGCUGGAGUUGCGAGGAGACGGACCUGAUUCGGUCGCUCAAGAAGGAGUUGUUUCCCGAAAACUGGGCGUCCAUCAACUGGAAGGCGCACCGCAAUAGCAUCGCGCCGGGUGACAACUACCACCCCAAAACAUGGCUUCUCAACACGGCCAACUGGUUUUUGGUCAACUUGUGGAACCCAUAUCUCCGAACCAACUAUAUCAAGGAGAAGGCCGAGGCAUGGACCAGCGAGUUGAUCGACAUGGAAGACGCCAACACGGACUAUCUGGGACUGGCGCCCGUCAACGGCCCCAUGAACCAUGUCGUUUGCUACAUCCGGGACGGACCCGGAUCCUAUACCGUCCGCAGACACACCGAGAGGAUCAUGGACUCGCUGUGGGUCAAUGCCGAGGGCAUGCUUGGCAACGGAACGAACGGCGUCCAGUGCUGGGACACGGCUUUCAUGAUCCAGUCGGUUGUAGCGGCUGGCCUCGAGACCGAUGACAGAUGGCGCCCGAUGCUCGAGAAGGCUCUCGGGUUCCUUGACAGGCAGCAGAUCCGCGAGGAUUGCAAGGACAUGGAGAAGUGCUACCGCCAGCAGCGUAAGGGUGGCUGGCCGUUCAGUAACCGAGAGCAGGGCUACGCCGUGAGCGACUGCAUCUCCGAGGCUCUCAAGUCCGUCAUCAUGCUGCAAAAGACGGAGGGCUAUCCUCAACUCCUCGAGGACCAGCGCAUCUAUGAUGCCGUCGACUCUAUUCUGCUGUACCAGAACGAGACUGGAGGUGUGGGCUCCUACGAAAGACGACGCGGCGGCGAGUACAUGGAAAUGCUUAACGCUGCUGAGGUCUUUGGCCGCAUCAUGAUCGAGUACGACUACCCCGAGUGCACGACCGCCUGCGUCACGGCCCUGUCGCUCUUCCAGAAGUACUGGCCCGACUACCGACAGGACGAUAUCCGUAUCUUCAUCAAGCGUGCCGUCAACUGGAUUCGGUCCCACCAGAACGUUGACGGUUCGUGGUAUGGCAGCUGGGGCAUCUGCUUCACCUAUGCCGGCAUGUUCGCCUUGGAGAGCUUGGCAAGCGUGGGAGACACUUACGAGACUAGCAAGGUCUCCAAGCGAGGGUGCGAAUUCCUCGUCUCCAAGCAGAGAGAGGAUGGUGGCUGGUCUGAGAGUUACAAGGCGUGUGAGACGAUGGAAUACCACGAACAUACCAGAGGGUCCUUGGUCGUACAGACGGCAUGGGCCCUCAUCGGCCUCAUUGAGGCUGAAUAUCCCCACAUGGAGCCUCUCCGCAAGGGAAUCCAAUUUCUCAUGGACCGCCAGCAGGCCAACGGCGAGUGGCUGCAGGAGACCAUGGAGGGCGUUUUCAACAAGAGCUGCACAAUCGCGUACCCCAACUACAAGUUCACCUUCCCCAUCAAGGCGCUCGGCAUGUUUGCCCGCAAAUACCCCGACGAGAAGAUGACCCCUGGCAUCAGCGAGAAGGGAGAUGAAUAA